AGCUCACAGACCACUUCACUUUCACUUGAGCAGAGACAGCUCCUCCUCUGCUCUUCUUGUUAGAGCUCCAUUCCAAAAAAAAGAAGUAUAAUAUAUAUAUAAAGAGAAAUAUUAAUAUAUACUACUAUAUAAGUACAUAUAGAGAGAGAAAGAGAGAAAACCAGUCAUUUGAGCUUUGAUAGAGGGACGAAAUGAGAGAUUUCAGAGCUCUUUCGUCUCUCUUCAUCUCUACAGUACUACUUGUGCUCAUUCAUAGCGUUAAUGGUGAAGACCCUUAUAGGUUCUACACUUGGAAAGUCACUUCUGGCAACAUUUAUCCUCUGGGUGCCCAACAACAGGGGAUCUUGAUAAAUGGGCAAUUUCCUGGGCCUCAGAUCGAUUGUGUUACGAAUGAUAACUUGAUUAUCACUGUUUACAACUACUUGAGUGAACCAUUUCUCAUUUCUUGGAAUGGUUUGCAGCACAGGAGGAACUCGUGGCAAGACGGGACCUAUGGCACGAACUGUCCAAUCCCGCCAGGCAAGAACUUCACAUACAUGAUCCAGGCAAAGGACCAGAUUGGAAGCUUUUUCUACUUCCCAUCACUUGGUUUCCACAAGGCUGCUGGAGGCUUUGGUGCCAUCAAAAUCUUGAGCCGUCCUAAGAUUCCAGUGCCUUUCCCUCCUCCUGCUGGAGACUACUCCAUAUUGGCUGGUGACUGGUUCAAAAGAAGUCACAGACAAUUAAAAUUGAGGCUGGAUAGAGGUCACAACCUUCCCUUCCCUGAUGGCCUUCUCAUCAAUGGUCGUGGCUGGAACGGAUACACAUUCAAUGUUGAUCAAGGCAAGACAUAUAGGUUCAGGAUAUCGAAUGUGGGCCUUACAACAUCAAUUAACUUCAGAAUUCAGGGGCAUACAAUGAAACUUGUAGAGGUAGAAGGAUCACACACACUCCAAAACACAUACUCUUCUCUUGAUAUCCAUCUGGGACAAUCCUAUUCGGUUUUGGUCACAGCUAACCAGCCUGCAAAAGAUUACUACAUGGUUGUUUCUUCGCGCUUCACUUCUCGAAUGCUCAUGACUACAUCCAUUCUUCACUACAGCAAUUCAUUCGCAAGAGUUUCCGGUCCCCCUCCUGGUGGACCUACUAUUCAGAUUGCUCCAUCCCUCAGCCAGGCCAGAUCAAUCCGAUGGAAUCUGACUGCGAGUGGGCCCAGACCUAAUCCACAAGGCUCCUACCAUUACGGGAUGAUCAAGACCUCCCGGACAAUCAUGGUUGCCAACUCUGCGCCUUAUAUCAAUGGCAAGCAGAGGUAUGCUGUCAACAGUGUCUCAUUUGUUCCUGCAGACACUCCCUUAAAACUUGCUGAUUACUUCAAGAUUUGGGGAGUGUUCAAUCUUGGAAGCAUCCCGGACAGACCCACCUGGGGAAAUGGUUACCUUGCAACCUCUGUCAUGAAUGCUGAUUUCCGGUCUUUUGUAGAGAUUGUGUUCCAAAAUUGGGAGGACACAGUGCAGUCAUGGCACAUUGAUGGCUAUGCUUUCUUUGUUGUGGGAAUGGAUGGAGGGCAGUGGACUGAGGGAAGUAGAUCAAGAUACAAUUUGAGAGACACAGUUGCUCGUUCAACGGUUCAGGUGUAUCCUAGGUCAUGGACUGCAGUCUACAUGGCCUUGGACAAUGUUGGAAUGUGGAACAUAAGGUCUGAGAACUGGGAAAGGCAGUACUUGGGUCAGCAGUUCUAUCUCAGGGUCAACUCUCCUUCAAAUUCAUGGAGAGAUGAAUAUCCAAUACCCAAGAAUGCUCUUCUCUGCGGCCGAGCAUCCGGUCGCCAUACUCGGCCUUUUUGAACCAGCAGGACCUAGAUUUUGCCACGAGGGGGUGACAAAAUUUCUGGGUCGAUAAAUUUACUUCCAUGUAAUCAAUUCUUCAUGAAGAAGAUAUUGCAAGAGCUCUACUUGAGCAUUGAGUUAAUAUUCCCUUCUUUUUUCUUUUUCUCUUUUUUUUUUACCAUGUAGUAGCUAUUACAAUGCUAUAUUUUACUCUAUCCUCACUAUUUGUAGUCUAGAGUUAGGAACAUCAUAUUACUGUGGGACAACUUUUGAUUCAAGUGCGCGACUACUUAUCAAUUAUACGAAAGAGUUGUGUUUA